AUGAUACAACCAGUCGUCAAAUUAAGUCGUUUUGAAUUAAGAGAAAAUCCAGUACUUGAAACAAUGGUAUCAUCUGCAUCAAAAUCAACUAUCUCAACAAAAUCACAUCGUUAUGAAAUAUUUAAUAUUGUUAAAUCUGAUGAAUCAAUUAAAGAAGAACCAUUAAAAGCUAAAUUAUGUUAUUUACGUAAAACUGAACAGCAACCUUGUUGUGUUAAUAAUUAUCCAUCAAAUAUUCCAUGUGAAUCACAGACACAGUCUCUGCCCGCUGGUAGCCGUAUUUGUCUUUUAGAGACAUCGACAAACUGUGCAGCUGGCUUCAUACUAAAUAAUAUUGGUUCACCACCAUUUACCAUUUGUAAAAUCGAAAAAAAUUCGCCAGCAGAAAAAGCUGGUUUGCAACUUAAUGAUACACUUUUAUCCAUUAAUGGAAAAUCAGUUAUUGAAACAAGUUAUAAAGAUACUACUAAAAUAAUUACUGAAGCUCUUCAACAAAAAAUCGUUCAAUUUGUUGUUAAUCAACAAUCAUUAAGAAAAGAAUAUGAAACAAAAAAGAAAAGUCAAUCAUCAGCAAGUAAUAGUAGUGGAAAUAACAAUGUUCGAAGCAGUGGAGUAGAAGAACAACAUCACGGUGCAGUAAAUAUUGUACAAGAGUAUCAAAGUUAUGUAUAUUUAGAAAAACGAAGUAAAGAAUUAUCUUACACAUUACGACUUUGUCAUCUAAAUGCAACAAAUACUGAUGGUACACCAGCAACAACAUUUGGCUUUGAAAUAACUGAAGAUCUUCAAUAUGAAUAUCCAAUAAUAUCACAUGUUGAACCAAAAUUACCAGGUGAACGUGCUGGUUUACAAACACGAGAUAUAUUAUUAAAAGUAAAUGAUCGUAAAACAAAAGGUUUAAAUUUUGAUAAAGUUAAAAAAGCAAUUGAAAAAGCUAAACAUGAUGGUCGAUUAGAAAUUCUUGUUGUUGAUAAAGAAGUAUUUGAUUAUUGUAAAUUAACACACAAAAAAUUCAAAGAACCUGAUAUUAAAGUGAAACAUAUUUUUCCAAAAAGUAGACCAUCGGCAAGUUUUCUAAAAUUACCUUCAAUAGCUACAACAUCUUCACUUAUGUCACAAGAUAGUACAGAACGUUUAAAUCAUGGUUUUUCUUUAUUUAAUGUUCAUCGUCUUUCUACGCCAAAAGAAAUAUCAUUAGAGAAUGAAGAAGAUGAUGUAAUGUCACCUAAUAUUCAAUCAACAGUUAACUUUGAUAUUCCAUUACCAAAUGACCCAUCUGAUACUACUACAAUACGUACUUCUUUUACUCAUGAAAUACCAUUUACAUCUAUUGGUCCUGUAGUGAAUUCCUUACAACAAACGAAUAAUUCUUUAACAGAUCAAAAUUUAUCUAGUAAAAAUAAACAAAGAAAACAAAGUCAAACAUCAACUGAUCAAUCAAUAAAAGAUUUUAUAUCACAUACAAUUAAUAAUUUUUUUCAACGUAUUGGAUCUCAAAAAUCAACUAAACCUGAUUAUGAUAUUCCUCUCGACCGAAUAAAGAAUUCAAAAACACAAACAUCAUUAUCAUCGAUUAUUCACCAUAAUGAAAAUCUUUCUGAACACGUUCGACAUAUUUCACAAUCACGCAAUACAGUUUGUUCAAAUCAAUCUAGUGCAUCAUAUGAUUAUAUUAGAGAUCCUCGUCGUUGUGUGCUUAAAAUAGAACAUAAUAAAGGUCUUGGUUUUAUUCUUAGUGCCACUAAUGAUUAUGAUCAUACAAUUACUGCUGUUGAAAAAAAUUCUAUAGCUGAUACUGCUGGUUUACAAGUCAAUGAUGAAGUAAUCGAAAUCAAUGGUAUCUAUGUGCGCAACAUUAAAUAUGAACAGGUUCGUUCUUAA